UUUGGUUUCAUAACAUCAAUGACAUCCACAUGAAUAUGAGCCUUCUCAGAACCUUACAAUCUUCAAAUAACAAUAUCCAAAACUUUAAGAAAGACACUGGCUUAUCCAAUAUCCACAACUCAAGGAAAACUCUUCUGCACAUUUCAGCUAAGGUGUUUAUCUGUGAAGUAGCAUCAUGGCCUUGGAGAAUUGUGUGAGAGUUGCCACUGUAGGCACAGGUGCCAGACCCCAACAAUGUCUUCUUCAUCCAUUCAGCAAAAGGGAGAAGCUUGUUUUUCCCACUUUCGGAGGAUUCAAGAAAUCUUUGUCAAAAUCAACUUUAUCAAACGCAUCAUCUCUUUAUUCUGCUGCUGCUGGCAAGAACAGAAAAUCUCGUUUUAUCUGCAAAGCUCGUGAAGCGGUAAAUGAAGUGCGGGUAGUGACAGAUUCAAGCUGGAAUAGCCUUGUCAUUGAAAGUGAAACCCCGGUGCUGGUAGAUUUUUGGGCACCAUGGUGUGGACCAUGCAGGAUGAUAGCCCCUAUCAUUGAUGAGUUAGCAAAAGAGUAUGCUGGAAAAAUUGUAUGUUACAAGCUUAACACAGAUGACUGUCCCAACAUAGCCACACAGUACGGAAUCAGGAGCAUACCCACUGUUCUAUUCUUCAAAAAUGGAGAAAAGAAAGAAAGCAUAAUUGGUGCCGUUCCCAAGUCCACUUUGUCCGCAACAGUGGAGAAAUAUGCUGACAUAUAGAGUGGAUAAAAAAUGUCUAAGGAAUGCUUAAUGAUAAAUUAUGGACCAUCUUUCAUUUUAUGGUUUCAACACUUUAAAUAGUACUUUGUAUCCACAUUUUGUAAAGAUUACAUUGUAUAAAUUCCCGAUGGAGGAAAAUCUUCAGCUCCA